AUGGUGAAAAGAACCAAAGAUUCUUAUUCUUUUUGCAAAAUUGAAAAUAUGUCAGUAGUAACAGUAUUCACGCUGUCUGGGUUUGGAGACAUAACAGACUACAGGGUCCCUGUCUUUUCUUUCACUUUAUUGUGUUACUGUAUCAUUGUGCUAGUUAAUGUUACGGUCAUCUUGACUAUAAUUUCUAACAGAAUCUUUCAUGUGCCGAUGUAUAUCUUUCUUUGUAAUUUGUGCAUUAUUGGACUUUUUGGUAUUGCAGGAUUCUACCCCAAAUUUCUGAUGGAUCUGCUGUCUCGUUUGCAGGUCAUCUCCUAUGCAGCAUGUCUGUUUCAGGUUUUUGUCAUAUAUUCUUCUUUUUGCAUUGAGUACUUGUCUCUAGCUGUGAUGGCCUAUGACAGGUUUGUAGCAAUAUGUACACCACUGCAAUAUCACUCUGUCAUGACUAAGCAGCGAGUGGCACAGUUAGUCUCUUUCUCCUGGAUUGCUCCUUUUGGCCUUAUAGCUAGUGCUAUUAUAUUUACUUCCCAACUGAGGUUGUGUGGCUCACACAUACAGAAACUCUACUGUGCUAACUGGUUGGUUGCUAAAUUGUCAUGUGAUGCGACUGUGACGCGUAUGUAA